AUGAAUUAUAUCUGCCUUUUAUGUCAUAACUCAGACUAUUUAAACAAUAUUAUUCAAGAGAAAAAGAGAAAACGAUAUGUAUUAAUUUGAGAAAUUUCUUUAGAAAAAUAACUAAUAGAACUCAAUAAAGUUCUAAAUACCAUGGAAUAUAGAGUAGGAGGUCAGGGCGAGAAUUGAAGCAAAAAUAGAUUUCUUAAUAGGUAAUUUUAAAGAUUAAGUAAAAUAGGCAGAAUAUUAGUUGAUGAAGGAAAUAUUAAAGUUGCUUUGGAAUUUUUUGAUGAAUCAAUUCAAAAAUUUGAUUAAGAUGAUAAUGUUUAUUAAUGGAAGGGUAGUAUUUUAACCUAUAUAAAUAGGUUUCGUAUUAAAAGCAAUGAAAAUGAAUAUAAAGAAGCUAUUGAGCUUUACGAUAAAGCUAUUUCAAUAAAUUAAAAUAAAGAGCAUGCAUGGUAUAAUAAGGGAAAUAAACUUAAAAUAUUUCUAAUUAGGUUCUGCAUUAGAUCUUUUAAUUAUUAUCAAUAAUCUAUUGAGUGAUAUGAUAAAGCCAUUUCUAUAAAUCCUAAGAGUUAUAAUUCAUGAAACAACAAUGGUAAUGAAGUUUAACUUAAUUUUAUCUAGGUUCGCAUUAGAUAUUCACUGAUUCGGCCAAUAUGUAUAAAUAUAAUGAAGCUAUCGAGUGUUAUAACAAAGCUAUUGCUAUUAAAUUCAAUAUUGAUAGUGCAUGGAAUAAUAAAGGGAAUAAAAUUUGAAUAUUUUUAUUUUGGUUUGGCACUAUAACAAUUAAAACAGUAUUAGGAUGCUAUUAUGUGUUUUGUCAAAGCCACUUUCAUCAAUCCUAAAAAUGAAUAUGCAUGGAAAAUUUAAGUUUAUAAUCUUUCAAUAUAUUUUUUCUUUAGGUUUAACUUUAAACUGUUUAAAUAAAUAUAAAGAAGCUAUUGUAAGUUGUGAAAAAGCGAUUUCUCUAAAUCCUAACAAUGAUCAUGCAAUUGUGUAUAAAGGUUUAAUUUUCCUUAAGUUAGGAUUUGCGCUAAUUCACAAACUACACAAGAUUCCACUAUAUUGGUUAAAAAAAUAUUAGGAAGCAUUAUUGUGUUAUAAUACAGCUCUUUCUGGUUCUGGUCAUCAUAUGAAAUUAAAACUGAAAGGUAUUAUUUCUUAAUUAUUUCAAGCUGA